CACGGCAGUUUUAACCGUCGGUCGCGCGUUUACACUGCGAGAUCCAACCAUAUACACGCGCAUCCGUCGCCGUCGCGUUGUGUUUCCCUUUGUUUUUUUUUAUUUGUUAUUCUUCAUAUUAUUAUUAUUAUUAUAUUCAUCGUGUGCCGCGUGUGUGUGUGUGUGCGUGUAUACGAGAGCGUGUACGCACCCGCUCUUGUCUCGUGUGCUUUCUUCGUACGCGCGCGUACGAUCCGAACGACAAACACCUUAUCGUGUAACGAACGAACGACGCGAAAUUCGGUAUUGUUUUUAUUUUACGCACACACGCGCUUCUAGCAUACGAACCGCGUAUAGUAAGUGCGUGCGUAACGUUUGUUGUGCCGUCCGGCCGGGAGAUUCAAGCCGUGCGCACACCACUACAGACGCUGUAUAGGCGGCAUGUCCGAAAACCGCGCGGGCAACAAUGUCGGCUGGGGCAACCGGGACGACCACGCGGCCGCCGCCGCCGCCAAUAUAUGGUGGGGUAACAGUCAACAAGACCCGCAACAGCAGCAGCAACACAUGCAACAACAACAACAGCAGCAGCAACAACAGCAACAGCAGCAACAACAACAAUUGUUGAACCAACACCAUCAGCAGCAAUUGGCCGCCGUGGCGGCGGCCGCGCAACAACAGCAGCAGCAGGCCGCUGCUGCGGUGUCCGCGGCCCAGCAGUUCUAUAAAAUGGCGUCCACGUUCAGCCAUCAACAGCACCAGCAGCUGCAGCAGCAACAGCAACAGCACCAACAACAACAGCAAAUGAACAACGUGUCUACCAGCAACAGCAACACGACGGUGACCAGCAGCUCCAGAAACCCGAUGGCCAAUUACACGGACUACGGGAUAGCCGCUGCCGCCGCCGCGCAAUGGUGGUCUUAUCCGGGCGCCAUGGACAACAACAUUCAAAACUUACACAACGUACCGUCGCCCAACGCCAUCAUGAACAGAGGGAAGAUGCCUAGAGGCAAAGCGGCUGACGCAAAACCGAGGGGUCGUAUGACCGCCUACGCCUUCUUUGUACAGACUUGCCGCGAAGAGCACAAAAAGAAACACCCAGACGAGAACGUCAUAUUUGCGGAGUUUUCAAAAAAAUGUGCCGAAAGGUGGAAGACAAUGAAUGAAAAAGAAAAGAAGAGAUUCCACGAAAUGGCUGAUAAAGAUAAGAUGAGAUAUGACACUGAAAUGCAGAGUUAUAUUCCACCCAAGGGUGAAAAAGUCCGUGGCAAGAAAAGGAAGCAAAUCAAAGACCCCAAUGCACCAAAACGCUCCUUGUCGGCAUUCUUCUGGUUCUGUAAUGACGAACGUGGAAAAGUUAAGGCUGUGAAUCCCGAAUACGGCGUUGGCGAUGUAGCUAAAGAGUUGGGUAAAAAAUGGUCUGAUGCUGAUAUCACUGUAAAACAAAAAUACGAAGCAAUGGCAGAAAAAGACAAAGCCAGAUAUGAAAGGGAGAUGACUGAGUACAAAAACAAAGGCAAGCCUACGUUGCAACAACAGCAGCAACAUCAAAUGUUGCUCCAACAACAACAACAAAUACUUGCGCAGCAGCAGCAACAACAACAACAACAACAAAUGAUGCAAGUAAAAGAUGAAAGUGACGAGGAUGAUGAUGAAGAAGACGAUGACGAGUGAUCUCAUUCAGAUUCUUAUCGGAAUUUUUCUUUUCUUUUCGUACCUCGGAAAUUUUAAUUUUAAACUUUGUAAAUACAAAUAAGUUAAUUUUUAAGUUAUAGAUUUAAAAGUAAUUUUGUACAGAAACAACUGUAGAAAAUUGGUUUUGUCUCAACAAAAAUAAUAUUAAUAAAUAUUGGAUUCAAAUUUUUAAUUUUUAUAUUAGAGAUUCCUAUAUUUUUACUAAAACUACAAAAUUUACCGUAAAAAUAUUUCUUUACAGACUGAUAUAUUAUGAUGAAUUUUAAAAUUACAUUUUAAUUUUUCAGGAGUACGAUAUUAAAUUAUGCCAUUGAAUUUUGUAUUAAUUUAAGGUUUUUAACUGCAAAUACCUCCUGUAAAAUAUAAAUGUAAUUUUAUUUUUUGUACAUAUAAUUUUUUUGUUUAUUAUUAUAUUUUUUUUUAAUUUGUAAUUUUAAUAUUAGACAAAGAAAUUGCAUACGGCGAUAAAUUGCGAAAUCUUUACCAUUAAACAUAUUUUCAUAUUAGGAGAAGACUAAUCAGCUGAAGAAUUCAAACAAUUUUUUAUUUACAGUUAAGUUUGUCUAUUUGUUAUAAUAAUAAAAACACUUUUUUUUUUAUUUGUAAUGAGAUGAAAAUAAA